UUUUGGCCAAAUCUGCAGUAUCGUUUGGGUGAAGAAGUGGUCUUGUUGGCGUUCCCCAGGAGUAGAGACGGUAUAUUUUGUAAGGGCAGGUUCUUCUUUCUGACUGGCAAUCCUUUUCGACCUGUUUUGGAUGCUCAGCGUUCCGCUUUGAUCUCUCCAAACCUGAACCGGAGAUCGCGUAAAACAUCAUGUCGUUCCCCAUCGAAACGCCAUUUCCCCUCGAUAUUCCACCCACAGUCCGCCCCGUAUCCCAUCACACCGACUCAACGGCCCCCCUACCCACUCACAGCCGCUCCCCACCCCUCAGUGGCAUUGUAGGUCUCUCCAAACUCUACCCGCCAUCGUUCAUUCUAUGGCGAUUAAUGAAUGAUGGUCGGAUCCUGGAAUUACGAAGGGUGUUUACGGCUUCUCAGAGAGAGGAUGGUAUAUCCCUUGAUAUCCAAAACGAUCUUCCUACUGUGACGCAUACCAAUACACCUGUUCAAAUCACGUUCCCUACACCAAUAUGUCCGACGCCGCGAGUGUACCUCUCAAACGACGGAUCCGAAGUCCGUUUUCAGGGUGUGAGUGCCUGUGGGACGUUGUGGACUGCCUCAUUUCCUACUCCAGAUGUGUUUUAUGAGCAAGGGUGGAGGAGGAGGGUUGUGAAAAAGUAUGGGAUAAAGUUGGUCAGCGGGCAGAGGGUGAGGGUUGUGCAGUUUCCGGAUGAGAGGUGUGUUGUAGUUGGGUGUGAAGGUGGAGCGGUUGUAGUGGUUGAAAGGAAGGAGGAUGGCCAGAAUGAGGAAGAUACCUACUUGGAACACCAAUUGGUUGAAACAAACUACAUCCAACAACUGAAAUCUGCAACCCCGGCCCGUAUCAAAAACUUUUUGUCACCCUUCCUGGGCGCAUCCCGGGAUACAACACCCGCAAGCACGGACGGCCGACAGCCUAUCGCGUUGAAUUCUGUUCGGUUCUAUGAAUUUGUUUUGUGUCGGGAUCGACAGCUUCAGAUUUGGAACCUGAAAACCAAAAGCAAGUGGAAGACGAUCGCGCUUCCUUUGGAUGCACCGCAGCGCAUGGGCAGUGCAAAAGAAGAACCCAAAACGGGACACCUUACCGACCCAACACCCCGGCAUUAUAUCCAAGUGUUUGAUUUAGAGCAGUAUGAGACGGUCAUGGGCGCUUUUUCAAUGAGGGGGGUGGAAUUCAAGGUGGCUGUCUAUGUUCCCCCGGCUGAAGAUGGCGACCCAUUUUUUGCCAUAUAUCGGGGAAGGAUUGACCAGUAUGGUGAUAUGCAAGAGUUUGCAUUAGCAUGUACGAAACAUGUUCCCUCUUGCGAGGAGGAGCCGGUGCCCCCAGAAGGGUCUACCUCAGAACAGAUGUCAAUCCGUUCACCGCAACCAGAAACACUUAUUGACUUUGUCAUCGUGGAUAACGCCAUGACGGCGAAUGCAUACGCAUGGUGGAUUUGGGGAUUGUGGGAAAAGGACGGGGAGAGUGUGGCACGAUUUACGCAACUAUGGCAAGUGGACGCCGAUGACCCCAACGCAGUGAUUUCACCAAAAGCCUCCGAAGGCAGAUGGACUACGGUUUUACAGGGCUGCUCCAAACCCCUUGAUCUGACCGCUGGCCUCUCUGAAAUGGAUAUUUUGGACUUCAUUUGUUCUCGCGAGCGAUAUUCGGAAAAUACUGUUCUCAAAGCUUUGGGGCGGUAUGAGACGCAGACUGCAGCCAUGUUCCGGGAUGGACGUCGCGCCAAAGGAGACAGACCCGAAGCGCUGAGGCAAGCUGUGCAACAAGUCAUAAUGCCAGAGGGCGAGAGAGAUGGCGAGGUUGCAUCCAGCCUGAAGAAACUGAUUCAACUCUGUGAGGACGUGCAUAAACUGGGCAACAGCCCGUGUGCCAUUGAAUACGAUCGGUCUGCAGGCUCCAUCACGAUCAUAAAGCGCGGUGUCCUCGUCGCCGUUCGUGACUCCGAUCCAGCAGAGUUGAUACGCGGUAUUCAAACAAGAGUGGUGGAUCCAGCCGACUUUGCGAUUUUCGGAUCCCCGGUCAUGGAUGAAGAGGCCUCGUCAUUUUUUGGAAAUCCUGAAUUGAGGGAGGGACUCACGGCCUUUCUUGGCGUUGUCGAAUGGGUCCGUACUCACGUACCCCCAUCUGCACUCCGGGGUAUUGAAAACAGAGUAAAAAUGAUUGUGGCAGACGGUGGUGGCCAGGACAUUAGUGCUUUAUCUUCCCAGCUUCUUCGAGAGUUCCUUCACCCGCUCACAACCAGCGUUGACUUUACGAAAUUUGAGCAGCGUUACCGCAAUAUCCCUCCACGAUUCGUGGAAAUCUUUGUGCAGCUUCUCCUGGGUAUGCCUGGUCGAGAUUCACUGGACAUGAUGGGCACUGUACCUGGAACUUCCAGCGUUUUCUCCAAUACGAUUAUUGCGACUGCUUUUGAGCGUAUUGCGAUGGAUCGGUAUCGAAUGAUCAAGGAUACACUGAUGGUACUGUUGGUGGCUCUGUUCGUCUGCAAAGAGGUAGUAGAAGGAGAUGUCUUGUCCGUUUGCUUCUCCGGCUACUAUGCUUGGCGGGCAGCGUACUGGAUGGGUGUGACCCGGGUUCAAGCCGCCAACCCUCCCUUAGGGCCUUCCUUGCCUCAACCGGAGCGGAUUGUCACCCAUCUCCUGUCACAGGCCUACCGGCCUCCCCUGGAUUUCGAAGCAACAGAUUACACAGCAUUGAUUCCGAAAGCUGUUGGGUGGUUCUCGUGGUCCACAGGGUUUUCUGGACCCGAUUUUGGAGAGAUUGCUCGCGUGACAAACAGAAUCAUAGGAUUGGGUACCCCCGAGUCGGUUCGGGAGAUUGUGUUUGGUCUACCGCUUUCUGCUGCUGUGGCGUAUUUACGAGGACGAGUAUAUGUAGAAGAGCAGGAUUGGGACUCAGCCAAACGGAGUUUCGAGGACGCUGUCAUGAGCUUUGGCGAAAAUGUCCCUCUGGCUGGAAAUGAUUUGACUGUGAUUGUCCCUGAUGAAGUGAUUGAUGGUGGUCGAACGGCGUAUUACCGCCAUCUUACCGAUUUGUUCAUGGACCAGGGUGCCAAAGUGCUUGUCAUCAAGUAUGGAAAGGAGGUUCUUCAGCGGUUGACUGGAGAGACUGCGGAAGUGAACAAACUAUCAGAGGCAUACAUAAAAUCCCUCCGCAAGGCCAUAUUUAUGUAUAGCCUCGACCUGAAAUCUUGGCAGGACGCCCACAAAGCUGUCCUGACCAUGCCCGAUCGUGCCACCCGUCUCGUCUGGCUCAAAAGUUUAGUCUCGGCUCUCGCAGAGAACAACUGCAUUGAUGAGUUAUGCAAUGGGUUGACAUUCAAUGGCCUGAUUGAGGAAGUAGAGUACGAGCUGAUAGCAAAAACGAGGGUCACGUCCAUAGAAAGGGGUGUGAAAGAGACCGGACCGAAUUGGCAUCGCAUUUUGUAUACUUUCUACAUUUCUAGAGGGGAUUACAGAAAUGCGGCUUCAACCAUGUACAUUUACGCACACCGCCUCAACCGCCUAAGCGAGGGACUGCACGGAACAGGUGUUUCUAUGCACAAGGUCCUUGUAGAGCAGGCCCGAAGUUAUUUGGCUGCAGUAACUGCCCUCAGCAUGGUCCCCGAAGAUUUUUGCUGGCUUGUUGCACCGGAACGUGACGGAGAGUUGGGUGCGGAGAGGGUACGAAAGCGUCGACGUGUUGAGAGUGACCAAAGACGUCGCCACCUCAUGUCCAUUGUUCAACUUCCCGACCUCCGCAAGGAAUCCGCCUUAGCACACGCCAAACUCCACCUCCAUUCCCCGGACCUUGACCAAGUCAGCGUCGGACUACCAUAUCCCGAAGAUGCCCUUGUGUUGUAUGUUGAGCGAGAAAUGUAUGAGGAGGCAUUGACCCUUGGACGGCUGUUUGAGUUGGAUUUGACUAGGGUGUUUGAGAGUUUGGUUGAGGGAUGUGUUUGGAUGGACCGAGGGGCUACCGGGGGUUUACCUGCAUCAGACACGACGGCUUCUUCCGACCAUGCGUGGGAUGCACUCAAAAAGUACUUAGAGCGACAUGACAGCGAGGAAACAGGGUUCAAGUACCGCAAAGCGGUGAUUGAUCGGGCGUUGUUUUGUGAUCGAGAGGUCAAGUUACCUUUAUGGUUGACUAGAGUUUACAAGACGCAUUUCCCGGAUGAUUUAAUCAGAAUUUACCUGAAGCACGAUUUAGUGGACCAAGCCGCCAAGUUUACCAUUCAGUAUAUCCAAGAGCAACAACAUCCGCGCCCAACUCAUCAAUCCUUCACCCGCUGGCUUCCGUACACCCUCAUCGACCGUAUCAUCACCGACCUCCAACAACGCAAUGACAAGAGGGACCAAGAUGUUUUGGCUGCGCUCACAGAAUAUUUUCGAUUUGUGGGGGCCGAGAGUGAGGAAGUGUUGAGGGGGUAUGCAGGAAAGAUUGGAAUAAAUCAGGGGGAGAGUGAGGUGUUGAGUAAGAGUAUGUUUUUGUAAAAAUAAUGUGGAUGGAGAUGUCCAUUUGAUAUUUCUUAUGUGUAAUUCUUUGGAGUGCAG